AUGACAUGUUCCAAAGAAGUUGUUCUUAGAGUCUUCAAUUAUGCCUCAGGCUAUUUCCAUCUUCUCCUCAAUCAUGUCUCAACCUCUUUUCAGCUUCUCUUCCUCUUCCUCUUCUCCCUCGCUAUUUUUCUCCUCACCUUCUCAACCUUCACUGGCAGAUUCCCCUUAAUCCAAAGAGAUCAGCAAUAUGAAUAUGUGUUUUCUGAAGACGACGAAGAAGAAGAAGAAGAAGAAGCGCAACAAGGAUAUGGUCACCAUGCUGAGAAGGUGAGAGAUCAUGUAGCAGCAUCAUCUGCAGACUCAAUCCAUGGCAGGGAAACCCUUUUGUUUGAGGAGCCUCAGAAAAAGCAGCAUUGUUCUUAUUCUGAAGAGUUUGCAACCCCCCGAGAGAGCUUGAAUGAGCAAGACUCAGAAUUUAUAGGAAGAAAUGCUGAUUCUGUUUCAAACUCUGUCUCAUUUGCAAGCAGACCAACCUCUACUAUCACCAUGAACACAUAUAAAUGUAACAAAAACUCCCAAGAUGAACGUGUUUGUGUUGGAAGAACAACAAAGAAUAAGAAGGUGCAGGAGGCAAAGCUCACCAGGGAUGAUAGGUUCUUUAUUUUUGAUCCAACCCAUCAGUUCCAAAAUAAGAAGCUGACUGUUGAAGAUAAGCAUCAUGAUGAUGAUGAUGAUGAUGAUGGUGAUUCGUGCAUUGAUGGUUCUAGUUCUACACCUAGGGUCUCCUCUGAAUGGAGGAGCUCCAUUCAUUUCAAGGAUUCUGAGACAGAAGAAGCAUUGUCUUCAUCAUCUAGAAGAAGUUGCCCCAAGUGGGAAUCAUAUACUUUGUUCCAAAAAUAUGAUGAAGAAAUGUCCCUCUUAGACAGAAUUAGUGCCCAGAAACUUGAGGAAACGGAGUAUUUAAGAUCCAUGGAAGCCUCUCCAAGAUCAAUUUCAGAGCGUAUUGCAUCAAGUGUGAAGAAGAAAGCAGGUGAUAUAGGUCACAAUAACCCAUAUGGGGAACUAGAGGCCGCUUAUGUUGCACAGAUUUGCUUAACAUGGGAAGCUCUUAAUUGGAACUACAAAAACUUUGAAUCAAAACACGGCUGGCGCCACGAGGCUGAUAGCGGUUGUCCUGCCAGCACAGCACAGCAAUUCCAGCAAUUUCAGGUAUUGCUGCAGAGAUACAUUGAGAAUGAGCCCUAUGAACAUGGCAGAAGACCUGAGAUUUAUGCUAGGAUGAGGCUCUUGGCACCAAAAUUGCUUCUAGUCCCACAAUGUCCAGAUUGGGAGAAUGAUGAAAAGCAUGGGAGUAUGGAGAGUAGAAUAUCAUCAGCGUCAUUCCUGAAGAUAAUGGAGGAUGGGAUCCGAACAUUCAUGAAGUUUCUAAAGGCUGACAAAGAGAAACCAUGUCAGAUGGUGGCCGCUUACUUUUGGAGAAAUCGGAGAAUCACGGUUGAUCCAACACUCCUCCGCCUAAUCAAGAAAGUUAAUCAAAAGAAGAGGAAGAAGGUGAAGGAUGUUGGGUUGAGGAAGAGAAAGCUUAGAAAGGGUGAAGAAGAAGAGAUGGAUGUGUUAAUGGCAAUGAUAGACUUGAAGGUGGUGUCGAGGGUGCUGAGAAUGAAGGAGUUGAGCGAAGCGCAGUUGCAUUGGUGUGAACACAAGAUGAGCAAAGUUAGAAUCGUCGCAGGGAAGCUUCAAACAGAUUAUUCCACUCCACUUUUCUUCCCUUCAAUCUAAUCCAUGCAAACCAAGUGACACAAAUUUAAUUUAACCAACACUAGCUUUUAGUUUUGUCUACUUUUGAUUUUAUCUGCAUCAAAAGAAGAUUAAGAGAAUAAAUAAGUUACAGUUACAACUUACACAUUAGACAAUU